CCUCUUUAAAUAACUGGAGCUGGGGCCCCUUGGAGCAAUGGCCGCGUCGGCAGAUUUAAUUAAGUCUUCCCCAACGCCGAAUGGGAUUCCAUCUCCAGAGCCGGCCGGCGAUGCCGUGGACCCCGUCCAUGCUUGCAGUGUUCUUAAGCAGCUCAAAACCAUGUACGAUGACGGACAGUUGACAGACAUUGUCGUGGAAGUGGAUCACGGGAAAACAUUUUCCUGUCAUAGAAACGUUCUUGCUGCGAUCAGCCCUUACUUCAGAUCCAUGUUCACUAGUGGCCUUACAGAAAGUACUCAAAAAGAAGUUCGAAUAAUUGGUGUUGAAGCUGAAUCAAUGGAUUUAGUACUGAAUUACGCCUAUACCUCCAGAGUUACUCUGACAGAGGCCAAUGUUCAAGCCUUGUUCACUACAGCUAGCAUCUUCCAGAUUCCCUCCAUCCAAGAUCAGUGUGCUAAGUACAUGAUCAGUCAUUUGGACCCUCAAAAUUCUAUUGGGGUCUUCAUCUUUGCUGAUCAUUAUGGUCACCAAGAACUUGUAGACCGAUCAAAAGAAUACAUUCGUAAAAAGUUUCUGUGUGUCACCAAAGAGCAAGAGUUUCUCCAGCUGACAAAAGACCAACUGAUAAGCAUCCUGGACAGUGACGAUCUAAAUGUAGACCGAGAAGAGCACGUCUAUGAAAGUAUUGUAAGGUGGUUUGAGCAUGAGCAGAAUGAGAGAGAAGUGCACCUUCCAGAAAUCUUUGCCAAAUGUAUACGUUUUCCUCUGAUGGAAGAUGCAUUCAUAGAGAAAAUUCCACCUCAGUUUGCACAAGCAAUAGCCAAAAGUUGUGGAGAAAAAGGCCCACCCAACACCAACGGCUGUGCCCAGAGGCUUGGAAUGACUGCUUCCGAAAUGAUCAUCUGCUUUGAUGCUGCCCACAAGCACUCAGGAAAGAAGCAAACAGUGCCUUGUCUAGAUACCGCCACUGGAAGAGUGUUUAAGCUAUGCAAACCACCGAAUGACCUCAGAGAAGUCGGGAUUCUAGUGUCACCAGAUAAUGACAUUUACAUUGCAGGAGGAUACAGGCCAAGCAGCAGUGAAGUCUCCAUUGACCAUAAGGCAGAAAAUGAUUUCUGGAUGUAUGACCAUUCUACCAAUCGAUGGAUAUCCAAACCAUCUUUGCUUCGAGCCAGAAUAGGCUGCAAACUCGUGUACUGCGGAGGUAAAAUGUAUGCGAUCGGAGGGCGUGUUUAUGAGGGCGACGGGAGAAACUCGCUGAAAUCUGUGGAGUGUUAUGACAGCAGGGAGAACUGCUGGACGACUGUCUGCGCAAUGCCAGUUGCAAUGGAGUUUCACAAUGCUGUGGAGCACAAAGAAAAGAUCUACGUUUUACAGGGAGAAUUUUUCCUCUUCUACGAGCCUCAAAAAGACUACUGGGGUUUUUUAACCCCCAUGACUGUGCCUAGAAUCCAGGGCUUAGCAGCUGUCUACAAGGACUCUAUCUACUACAUAGCUGGUACCUGUGGAAACCACCAACGCAUGUUUACUGUGGAAGCCUAUGAUAUUGAGCUAAAUAAGUGGACUCGUAAGAAGGACUUUCCCUGUGAUCAGUCCAUAAAUCCAUACCUUAAGCUGGUACUUUUUCAGAAUAAACUCCAUUUAUUUGUCCGAGCUACUCAAGUGACUGUUGAAGAGCAUGUCUUCAGAACCAGCAGGAAGAACUCUCUCUACCAGUAUGAUGACAUUGCUGACCAGUGGGUGAAAGUGUACGAGACCCCUGACCGGCUCUGGGACCUUGGCCGCCAUUUUGAAUGUGCUGUUGCUAAACUGUAUCCGCAGUGUCUCCAGAAAGUGCUCUGACAAGUAGCCAGAGUGCCCCACUGGCUUAACACUGAGGAGUUGUCUUAGAAGUGCUGUAGUCUGGAAGAACAGAAUUUUGUAUGCAGAAGUGGGUGCUCUGAAAGAUGACAGGGUGGGGGGGGGGAGGAUUGGCUUUACUUUCACAAUAUUUUUGGUUCAGUAAGCAAAAGGUAAUGAUGAAGUGCAAUUAUCAGCAUCUUUUUACCCCUGGAUAAGUUUUUGUCAUCCAAGAAGUCUGUGGUAGUUCCUGAGAUAGAGAUGAAUCAAGACAACUAUGCAUUCUCAUGACAGCAUCUAGGGUACCUGGGUAGAGACAUCCAGACUAGCUUAGCAUGAUUUUAUUUUAAAUACGGGUAACAAUAUGAGGCAAUAUCACUAGGACCUCUCUAACAGAGAAGGACUAACUUACAUCCUCAUUCUUAAUAUUUAUAUAUAUUUACAUAUAUAUUUUUGUGUACUGUUUUCAAGUGUACGAGAUUUAAGUGUUUUGUUCUUAGUGGAGACUGAAAGAAAAGUCAGUCUAGAGAGAACUUUUAGCCAGACUGUUCCUUAUUUCCCAUGUAACUUUAAGUUAAGCCAGAAAUUUAAAGUGGCAUUUUUCUGUCCAGAACUUUUGCAAGUGCUAACACUGUCUAAUUUUUUAAAAUCCAGGAAAGGGCUCAGGUUUGUAGCUGACUGGUGCUAGUAUAAGAAUUCACAAUGGAGAGCUAGAUAGAUUUAAAGGGCCUGAGCCUAUGUUAUUCUUUCAAAUUAGCAUGCUGGUUUCAUGGCCUUUACCUUGUGAUUUCACAAAGUUUGCUGUUUGUGUGAUAGGAUAUGGCCAGCUAUUGGUCUAACUGGAUUCAGUUUUAUAAUAGUAAGACCAUAAUAUCAAGUUUGCACUAACAUGGGCUGUUUUGUUGCCCGACCUCCUUUCCAUCCUCUACCUGUCCAUCCAGUCAUUGUCAGUACAGUGAAAGGUAACUUACAAUGUGAAGCUUUACACUUGCUUUUAAAAUUCUCUUCCUGCAGUGGUCUAAUAAUUU